GAUACAAAGUAACUGUAAUAUCCAAGGCAUUCCGUUACUACCAUCAAUAAUCCUCUAUGACUCCUCUAUGAUUGUGGUAACUUUCCUCAGUGGAAACAAAUUAUGGAUAGUUGGGGUCAAAAGUUAUUAGACUCUGCGUUUACUAUUUCGGAAAUGUUAACCAUAGGUUUAGGUUUGUCGUCUUCAACCUUACCAGAGUUUAUUCGGUUUGGUACACACAUAUUAUCGCCUAGUGGUUCUGACCUGAAUAUUUAUGGAGAUAAAGCAGGAACAGUUCUUGCAGGUUUUCACUCUGAUAUUAGUUUUCUUACUAUUCAUGGUCGCUCACGUUUUCUUGGACUUUAUUUGUUUACUUCAGAAGGUGAUCGUAUACCAUGUAAGAUACCCAAAGGCUAUUUACUAGUUCAAGCCGGUGCGCAACUUGACUAUCUUACAGGAGGAUACACUAAGAAAGGAUAUUAUGAAGUUGUUGUUCCGGAGAAUACUUGUAGAGUUGUCAAAGUAUGGAAGGAAAAAAGUGAUUCUUUAUGGGCAGUUCAUCCCGCGAUGAAUGUUCAUGUGGAGCCGGAUCGAGUUCUUCAACCUGUUGGUGAAUUUGGACAUGGUAUGCAAGCAGACUGGUAUCCACCUAUUUAUGCCGGAGAGCAAGUAGAAGAAGAACUAGAAAGUAUUAAGUUGACACGUAUUGCAAGUUGAUGACAGAUGGUUUGCUUGUAGAAUUAAGAAUUUUUUGAUUCCGGUUCUCAUGAUAUUGAGUGUAAUCAUGGGCUACUUGUUUUAUUAUGCAAUACUCUCUUUGAGUGUACCGACUAUUGAAAGAGUUUACAGACAAACGAUGUAUUUCAAGUUUCUUGCCUCAAUUUUACUACAUUCGCAGUUCUGAUUUGUUUCUUUGUCAUAUGUAAUAUUGAGCUGAAUGUUGAAGUUUUUUGCGUCUUUUAGGUAGAAGUUACAACCAUUGAUUUCAUUGCGAACCUAUCUGUUUUCUUAGACUAAUAUGUUGCUUUUCCAUUAAAACAAGUAAACUAGGCACAAGUUAUGACGGACGUAACUUUCUCUAGGUAGAAUGUGACUUUCAUUCUGCUGCCUUCUCAAUCUGGAUGGUAAUCAGUUUCAAGUACUCUGAUGAAGACGACACUUUUUGAUAUUAAAUAGCAUCAGAGUUCAAGUGAUUUUCUACAAAAAGUAUUCGUAGACAAUACUAACCAUUUAUCUUUCAAAAAGUAGCUUCAUUAAGUCAAUACGCAACGUUUGUGCAUCUACGGAAACUCAUUUGAUUUGUCGAAUGAAG